AUGAUUCAGAGCACCGGACAGAUGCAGUGUAAAGUCUAUGACUCCAUGCUGGCUCUCUCUCAAGACCUCCAGGCAGCUCGAGCCCUGACUGUGAUAUCCAUCCUUCUGACCGUCUUGGCUGUACUGGUGUCCAUCGGAGGAGCGAAGUGCACUAAUUGCAUUGAAGAAGAGUCGCCCAAAGCUAAAGUCAUGAUCCUUGGAGGGGUGCUGUUCAUCGUAGCUGGGCUUAUGCAGCUGAUUCCCAUAUCCUGGUCUGCCAACAGCAUCAUCAGGGACUUUUACAACCCUUUGCUGCCUGACGCCAGGAGACGGGAGCUGGGAGCGGCGCUCUACAUCGGCUGGGCAGCAGCUGCGCUCCUGAUUUUGGGGGGCUCGUUGCUUUGUUGCACCUGCCCUCCACAGGAGAAAAAAUAUAACUCGCCUCGGAUGCCGUAUCCUGCGUCUCGCUCGACCGGUGGGGGAGGAUAUGACAGAAGAGACUAUGUGUGA